AUGGGUAGCAACCAAGCGGCAGUCUCCUUCUUGACCAAUCUAGCACGCGCCGCCUUGGGCCUCGGCGCCUCAGCCACAAUCCUCAAUUCCUCCCUCUACACCGUCGACGGUGGCCAGCGUGCUGUCCUCUUCGAUCGUUUCCGUGGAGUCAUUGACGAUACUGUCGGAGAAGAUCUGCAGAUGGUUAACCUAACUUUACGUGUCCUAUCUCGCCCCGAAGUCAACAAAUUGCCCUCCAUAUUCAAAACCCUUGGUCUCGAGUACGACGAGAAGGUUCUUCCGUCUAUUGGGAAUGAAGUUCUGAAGGCUGUUGUUGCUCAAUUUAACGCCGAUCAGCUUCUCACCGAGCGUCCGCACGUGUCGGCGUUGGUUCGUGACAGCUUGAUCCGCAGGGCUAAGGACUUCAACAUUGUGCUUGAUGAUGUAGCGAUCACUCACCUGUCUUAUGGCGCGGAGUUCUCAAAGGCCGUGGAGCAGAAGCAGGUGGCUCAGCAAGAGGCUGAGAGGUCUAAGUUUGUGGUUGCUAAGGCGGAACAGGAGAGGCGAGCUGCAAUCAUAAGGGCUGAAGGAGAGAGUGAGUCUGCUAAGUUGAUAUCUGAUGCAACAGCUGCUGCUGGAAUGGGAUUGAUUGAGCUUAGGAGAAUUGAAGCAUCGAGGGAGAUCUCUACAACCCUGGCCAGGAGUAACAAUGUCAUGUACCUUCCGAACACAGGGAGCCAGAUGCUUCUAGGGCUUAAUCCAUCUCGCUAA